CGUCGGAACUGAGACCGAGACGACGCCCGCACUCCUCCUGCGGGCCAGGGGUGUCAGCAGCACGGCGGCGGAGGAGCGGAGCAAGGAGGGAGGGAGCCACCUGAUCCACAGGAGCGCCGCGGCCAAGCCGCCCCCGAUGUGUGGCUCUCCCGGCGCACCCCGAUUUCCUCGCCCCCACCUCGGUCCUCGACGCGACAACGACCAGUAGCACCGCCGCUUCUCCGCCGCUCGCUCCGACUCCGAGCCUUAAACCCUUCUGCCCCCCACUUCCGCGACCUCCGGAACUCCACCAGCAGCAGUCACGCACGUCUCUCUCUCUCGCCCCGCGUCCUCCACAUGGCGGCGUCCACCACCUGCCCUGCUCGCUCCAUGGCGUCCGUCUCCCGAGCCCUCCGCCCGCGGCCGCACGCCGCUAUCGCCUCCGCCGCCGUCCGCACGGCUGCUCGUCUCGGGGGCGGAUUGGGGAUCGUUUGUUCGAUGCCAAGCUAUGGUAGGAAGGAGAAGGAAGAAUGGGGAUUGACCAUUGCGUCCGCACCGGCGACCACUGCUGCUCCGGCUCUGAGAAGCUGUCAACUAUUGUGCAAGGCUGAAGCUAACAUAUCCAGUAAUCUGCCAGAGAGCAUUCCUAGUGAAGCAAACCAGUACGAGAAAAUAGUUGAGCUGCUUACCACUCUUUUCCCUGUCUGGGUCAUAUUAGGUACCAUUAUUGGCAUCUACAAGCCAUCGAUGGUUACCUGGUUGGAGACUGAUCUUUUCACUGUGGGCCUAGGAUUCCUAAUGCUAUCAAUGGGACUAACAUUGACCUUCGAAGAUUUCAGGAGAUGCAUGAGGAAUCCAUGGACUGUGGGUGUGGGAUUUCUUGCGCAGUAUUUGAUCAAACCUAUGCUGGGAUUUGCUAUUGCCAUGACCUUGAAGUUAUCUGCUCCUCUUGCAACUGGUCUUAUUUUAGUGUCAUGUUGCCCUGGUGGACAAGCAUCAAAUGUUGCUACUUAUAUAUCCAAAGGAAAUGUCGCACUUUCAGUUCUUAUGACAACUUGUUCGACUAUUGGUGCUAUAGUGAUGACACCACUCCUUACUAAACUCCUAGCUGGUCAACUGGUUCCUGUCGAUGCUGCAGGAUUGGCCAUCAGUACUUUUCAGGUUGUUUUACUGCCAACUAUUGUCGGAGUCUUGGCGCAUGAGUAUUUUCCUAAGUUUACUGAGCGCAUUAUAUCCAUAACACCAUUGAUUGGGGUUCUCCUCACCACUUUGCUUUGUGCUAGUCCUAUCGGACAAGUCUCAGAGGUGUUGAAAGCUCAAGGUGGUCAACUUAUAAUUCCCGUUGCUCUGCUGCAUGUUGCUGCCUUUGCACUUGGGUAUUGGUUAUCAAAAGUUUCCUCUUUUGGGGAAUCAACUUCUAGGACUAUCUCUAUUGAAUGCGGGAUGCAGAGUUCUGCACUUGGAUUUUUACUUGCCCAAAAGCACUUCACGAAUCCACUCGUAGCUGUUCCAUCUGCUGUCAGUGUUGUAUGCAUGGCGCUUGGAGGGAGUGCUCUUGCAGUUUUUUGGAGGAACAGAGGGCUUCCAGCAAAUGACAAAGACGAUUUCAAGGAAUGAAACACCAACACCCUCCAGUUUCUAGUCAUUACCUAGUGUUGUUUUUUAGUUCAGUGGAGUUAUCACAGCAUUUUUCUUGUUACCCAUAUUUUAGCAAGUUGAUUAUCAGUAGGACUUGCCUACUUGGUAGGUCUGUUGUAUUGCACUCUUAUCUUCCAAAUAAGCUGCAGGUGCUUCUCUGCAAAGCACUCAAUUUAUAGUCCGUUGCCAAGUGAAUGCAUUGUAAUAUUAUGCGCGGUGAGUAAAUAGAUUUCCAAGAAUUGCUAUUCCAAUCUAUUGAAAGGUCAAUAAGCUUUGUAUGUAUUCUUGCUGAAUGCAGUUUUUCCUUUAAGAAAAUGGGAAAAGAGUGAAGUUCACCAUCA